UAAAACCCGCGAACAGUUGGUAAUGACGUCAAGUACUAUGAGUUUUCUUGUUCUGUGAAAUGUGGAGACACGUACCCGGGCAGAUAAUGACCAGUUCGUUUCGCUAAAUGAGGAAGUUUUACGAUAACAGUUUUAAGAUUCAACCACCAGAACCGUCAUUAUAAAUUUAAUAAAGGAACGCUCAUUCACGGCCAUGUCCAACUCAACAGAGCGUCUGUGACAAUUCGCUUGAAAUAAACAGUAAAAUAACAACAGAGGAAUACAUUUUAGAAUAAGGGGAGUUAAAGAGUUUUAGAAUGAAGAAUGUUCAAGAACGCUCGUUUAUAUGAUAAAAAAAAAACCCACACCGAUGCCUAGUUUUGAGGGCGGAAUGUACAAUGGAAUGUUAAUAUUGACUCUAGAGAUCAGUGGGUUUUGUUUUGUAACCAUCAUGUUUUAGAAACACGUUCAGCACGUAAGCUACUGAAUAAUUAAUAGAGCGUACUAAACAGAAGUAAAAUACAACAGCAACAAAAACAACAACAAUAACAUAAAAAGAAAAGAGAAAGGAGCUUUUAUUAUCCGAUUAAGACGAAACGAUGAAAAACAUCAUAGCCAACGGUAGAGACUAGCUUACCACAGAAAUAUAUCAGUAGAAAGGGAAAUAAUUAUAUGUACUAUUCAACAAUAUAUAUACGUUAUGCAACUGGUGAAGUAAAAAUAGUUAUACAAAGGAGCAUGACAGUGCUGUAAGCAGUAACAGUUAUGCAUUGAUGGAAGGUAAAAUUAGAAUUAUCUAGAAACCAAGAUGAAAAAUAGAAAUCUUUGAAACAAGUGUUCACAUUGCUGUGUUGUUUACGAUAACGCAAAUCCUGAUUAAAAAUAUCUGCCAGAAUGAAAGCAAACCUACUUUUCUUUUGACAAACAAAAAGAAAAAAAAAAGCUUUCGGGUUAAUAUCACGGAUUCAUUUCAUAAAAUGACAGCUUUAAUGUAUAGUACAUGGUACAGAAAGGUAUAAGUAGUAUUCAGUUACAACGGGAAUUGAGAGAUUAAAUUUACAGAUGUGAAAGAACACGUUUCCUUUUAUUUUCUCUUCCUUUAAAAUAUACUGCAUCAACCCCCCCCCCCCAAAAAAAAAAAAAAACAACAAAAAAACAAUCCCAACAACAACUCAGCAAAAGGGUACUACUUCCUGUCAUACGCUUAACGAACAUCGGUUAUAACGAAAUACUUUCACUUCAAGUUCGUUACAAUUGAUCCUUAAUUGAACAUCAGAUUCAGUCACUAUAUCACAACAUUCAAACUGUUUUGUUUGUUCACCGAGAAAACAUUUCCGUAUGAUGACGUAACAUCUUACCGGGAUCGAUAACUGUUGUGGGAUUAAAUAAUUUCGGACGUGUCAGACAUAGCUUAAUACAUCUACGAAACGAGCUCCUUUUCACCUGGUGCCGCACGCAAGGCACGCAGAUUUCGAUUGAACGAACUUGUGUAGGAAUCUCGAUUGAAAACGCGUCCGGAUUGGAUUACGUGUCGGGGAAACUCUUACAGAACUCUAAUCGUAUCCAGUACCAUGAACUGGGUUCUGUAAAUUGAUAGUGUGUGUGAUAUGUCGUGACAAUUCCGGCCGAUGCUGAUCAGUUACAUAAAAAUUAUGUUUAAAUACACCUGACCGGAAAUUAAGAACCUUAGUCAGGUGAUAUGACUGACGUGCAAAGGACGUUGCUACAUGAUAUGUUAUUAAUGGAUCUCAAACAACGACCAUUUCGUACGUACAGGUCUAUGCCUGAAUAGUGAAUAUCACUUUUGAAAAGAAACUAUAAUACAGGUGCUUCAAAUGUAUCAGGAGGGAUGUAUUAAAAAAAACUGUAGAUUUUCCACUGUAUAGGUGCUAGAAAAUAUUUCUUGGUGGACAUUGAUGUUCUUGAAAUAUAAUAAUUCAGCAGCGUUUAUCACAAUCAACCCCGAAAACAACUCGGGAUCAUACAUUCAGUAUAACAGACAGUUCAAGACUCAAAACAAAACUUACGGUAACAGGUUAACAGCAUUUGGUCUGAAUAAAACUCUCUUUUUAUUCCUGAAGGAGGUGGUGGUUUAUAAAAUUAAAUAUAUUUAUCUCGCGGAGAUACGACCCAGAACUAGGACGAUGUGUAGUUUAACGGAAUCGCAUGCUGUUGUGGACUUAUGUUUAGUUGGAACUUUGUUGUAAGUGUUAGUAAUCCAAAGAAUAAACUACACACUACAACAAAGAACUACAAGCAACCUGUGUUUGGUAUACGCUUUUGGGCCGAAACCAUCAGUUCCUUAUACAGCAAAAUCUUCUUAUCACGAAUUUGAAAGAACAUGAACUGGAACGUUCGCUGAAAGAGAAAAUGUCAUUAAGUGUUAGCAUUACAAGAAGAACGACAUGAAGCCCCCUAAACUGAGCAUUGAGAAGAUGAUCCACAUCAUCAACAGUGAGUUUCCCUUGCGUCGACGAAAGCAUCCCGAGGACUUCUGUUACGUCUGCAAUCGUCUGGAUCCCAGCGGGAAAUACCCGGCGAAUCCCUACCAGCACCUGUUUACCCGUGGAUACUUCAACCGGUGUCCGCACGCGACGCGAGCCCCCCACCCGACUCUGACAGACUUUAACUCGAGCACCUUGCCUUCAGACGACGAACUCUUCGAUACAGAUAUACUGAAUAAGGACGCUCAGUUACCGAGUGUCAACAAGCGGAACCCCAAACACUUUAAAAUCCCUCCAACUUUCGAAAAACAAAAUGUCGGCGCAGACGGAAGUCUUUUACCGCUCGUGAGCGAGAGGACGUUUGUUGGUGUACAGGUCGGAAAACGUAAGGGUAAGGGUAAGGGCAACAAAAAGAAUAUAACAGAGUUACCCCCUUUGUCUCCCGGACGAAACGAUUUGGUUGUGAAGGGAGAUGAGCAGAGAAGAAAGCAGAGAAUUCCAAGGCCAGGUCAUUCGAAGAGGUCGCAGAAUUAUGACGAGCAGACCGGAAAUGAUGUGGAAGAAAGCCGAGGAAAACUAUUGGACGUUCAUAUCCCGAGCGAAUUCGAUUCGUGGAAAGAGGAUUCGGAUUUAGUGACUGCUAAUUUAAAAUAUCAACACAGAAACAAAUCCGGGAAAUACAACAUGCCUGGGAUUGGAGACGAUUUCUACGCAAACAAUGAAACAAUUUCCGGUGGUAAGAGGAAUCGACACAAAAGAACCGCUGGUGGUUUUGACCCAAAUAGACAAGGAUCUUACAGCAUCAGUCCUUCCGGGUCCUGUUCUUUGUCAAGGGGGAGCAGUCUAACAACACCGUCUCCUUCUCAAGACUUCAUGAUGACAGUGAUGAAGACGUCAACUUGGUGUGAAUGCCAGGAUGUGGAUCCCGACAAACUGCGCUGCACUGAAUGUUACUGCAUAGGAAGACACGAAAAGUGGUGCAUCUCAAAGGUUCAAGUCUGCCCUACCUGUGGGAAAGCCGUGAAAAUACGACACGCUCACUCGCAUAAGAAAAGAUCCACGGACAUAUCCGGGUCCUUCCAUUCUUUCUGUAACAAUCAGGAGCUAAAGAACGAGGAACAAAUCGUCAGCGCAGACCAAGCUGAAGAAGAAAGAAAAGUGAAAUUUGCAGACGAAUUGAACGAUUACGUCUCCAUUUCCGGUGACGAGUUGAGCGCAGGUGGCAGAAAAGUUAAGGGAGAUAACUCUCUUUUGGACAAAAAGAAGCCACUUCCGGCUAUUAGCCCCAACAUCCACAAGCGCGCUUACCUCCUUGCCCUGUCAGACUCGGUGGUGAAGAGACUGCGCAAGAAUUCGGAACUAUUUUCUAGGCAAGGCAAAGGGACGUAUUUUUCGUAUUUCCCGCUGUAUAAACAUAAAAAUUACAACCCUCCGGUCAAGUGUGGCCUGGGUAUUAGCCCACGUGACGAAGGUGACAUCAAGAAAGUUAAGAAAGGAAUGAAACACGUACUGGGCGAUAUUAAAAUGGCCGAUUACUACCCAGGAGGUAAAAAGUACGUCCCAGAGGUGACGGACAAUAUAUGAAUUUAAAAGAACUCCAUGUCAGAAGAAACGAAGCGUUACUGUGCAUUUGACAUUAUUAUUAUUAUGGGGUUUUUUUGGGUUUUUUUUAAUUAAUACAGUUAGGAGCGAACGCUGCGGGCCACGUGACACUACGUGAAAUAAUAGUGAUCUGUAAAAUAGGACCACCAUUUGCCGUGUCGUUACUAGCUGUAGUAGCUUAAUAUAGUCCGGUUUAACAAAUAGUUUUUCAUUAAAAAGAUAUUUUUAAAAAUUGUUAAAAGCUUCUUUUAAACGUUUCUUCAAUGAUUACAGGUAGGUUGACCUUUGUAAUAUUUAAAUAACCCAGUGUUUGUAAAUAAUUUGUUAGUGUUAUUACUAAGUAACAGCAUUUGUAAGUGUGGGAUGCGGUCACAUGGAAAUGGGUGCAGAUGAGACGGUGCUCUAACUUAUGGGUGGAAAACUGAGAAAAUGUAUAGUUAACUUGCAUCGAUGUUUUUUUCAUGCCACUUGACAAGUGACCACAGCUUGAGAAGGUGGUAGUUUGUUGUGAUAGUAUGCUAUUUUUGUCACUUUUUUUCUGAGGCAGUAUUAGCUUUGAAAUGCAUGGAGGACGUAUUGGUGUUGUGCAACCGAAAGAAGCGUUUUCCCCGUAUUGAACAGUAUGCUGUUUUUGUUUGUUUGUGUAUUUUUUUAUUAUUUUUUUAUUUUAUUUAUUUAUCGAUUUAUUUAUUUAUUUAUUGUUGUUGCUUUGUGGUUGUUCUGUUUUUAUUGGUUAAUUUUGUUAUUUUCUUUUGUUUCUUUAUUUUUCUUAAUAUUUGUAGAAACACAAUGUUUUUUGUAGCACAUUAUUGUGAUCGUUUUAACAGAUUUCUACUCUGAGUCAUUUAAUCUUUUUUGUUAUUUUUUGACGUUUUUAGACCCAGUGAGACGUUUCUCUACGAAGGCAGUGUAUAUGACAUAGGGACAUGGGCCUUUAAGAUAUGAAAUGCUACUUUAGGUCUUUUAGAGGUACUUGACUGUGUUGCAAAUUUCUUACUUGACAUAGUAAAUAUUUCACAUCUUAGUCGUGUGAUAUUUAUUCUUCAGUUUAUAAUCACUUAAAAAUUCGUCUAACAUUCCUCUCAAAGGCGGGCUCAUGAAAUAUAUAUUUUAGAGAUGGAUUAAUGGCUAAAGGGAACAUGGACCAACAUUAGCUUCUACUAAAUAUGAUAUCCCUUGAAUCUCCUUCCAUCAAAAUAAAAUACUGAAUUUGCAAAUCUCGAACUGAUUGUUGCAAGUAGAUUGACCUCCGUACUAUACUGACAUCCAAAAGAAACUUGACAUUCAUAAAAUUUUAAUAAUUUGAUAAAUAUUGUUGCUAAUCGAAAGGAACCAAUUUAGAAACCACCUUACAAGCACUUUGCAUUUAUCACGGAGUGCAUUGUGUCAUAUAGAUGUUGAACUUCAUGAUACUUUCAUAUCCCACUGUUGGUUUUCUGUAAUAUAAUGUGUCUUGUAAAGUUUCUUUUCGUCCGUCUAUAUAAAAAAAUAACCCAUCGGCAUUGGUUUGAAAUUACUAAAUAAAAACUAAGUACUACGUUAAAGUUUGUUUUGUUUAACGAUACCACUA